AUGAAGGUGAUGCGCAACUGGUCGCUCAGCUUUUUGGCUGGCAGGAGGCUGUGCAUCGUCUUGGCCUUCUCAGCUCUAGGGCAGUGGCUUUUCACUUCGUUGUCUCCAAGGCAUCCAGGGCGCGUCUUGCAUCGUGCUGCGGCUAGGCGUGCGGAGGGCAAGCCCCCAGAUGUCUACCAAAGCUUCCUGAUGAAGGCUCGGUCUGAAGGAGCAAAGGAGGCCUUGCGCUAUGCGUCUUCCACCAUGCCUAAGGCGUUCUGUCUGAACUUCUCAGAUCUGAAGCUCGCAGCCGAGUUUGCGGCGCAAGAAAGACAUGAAGCAGCGGAAGAACGGCGCCCUUGGCGUCUACGAGUCUGCACCAAGUGCAUCAAGAAGCAAGGCUUCGACACACUGGACGGUCUUCAAAAUCUUCGGUUGGCACACGGAACGGACACUGCUGAGGGCGAGGUGAUUGUGGAGCCAAGCGGCUGCUUCAAGCAGUGCAAGCGCGGCCCGAAUGUCCGAGUGGUGAGCCAAGACGAUGUUCAGGGUCUUGGUGCGGUGAUUGCUGGAAUGACGCCAGAGGAAGUGGGAGCGCGCUGCUUCCACCAUGUGAACGACAACGCCGCUGCCCAGCGGGUCUUCAAGGCCACACGUGCCGCAAUGAAGCUGGCGGAAGGUGAGACCUUGAGCUCACUCGGCGACACCCAGGAUGGCUCGCGUCAAGGCUCGCAGCAAGGGCCGGUCCGCUUCACUUUGGACAGUGGGAACGCUGCUAAGGACAAGGACAAACGAAAUCGUGUUCGAAAAUCCAUCGAGACCCGCGUGGCCAACAUUUUGGAGGGCUUACCCGCUCGGCUUUCCGGAGAAGACUUGAUUUGA